AUGGAGAAGAGACUCUUGGGUCUGCGUGACAAGACGAUAUUAUUUGACAAAUGCAUUGGCACAUAUGUCAAGUUUGCCGGCACGAGAGCCACUCCUGAGGACGUUGUGAACCACAUUCAGAUCACGGCUUUUCGCCGCUUGUUCUUGAAAUCAGAGAAAGAACGAGGGCUACAAGCAGUUCACCUGAGGCCCAACUGGGAUCUCGUCUCUGCGUUCUUUGAAAACGAACAAGAUGCGAAGAAAGCCUGGAGGGAGCUAUAUGAGGCCAAAGUUAUCGACGGCAAAACCUUUUCUGGGGAAAAUUAUGACACUGACAGUACCCAGGCCAAGAAAUUAUGCGCCAAUUUGCUCAAGGCCAAGCACGUUGCAGGGUACACUCCCCCUGAGCCGACAAGGAGAAUGGCAUUGGACGAAUACGUCGACGACUUUAUCCGACAAUGCAAAGAGAAAAAAGAGCCCCCGCCCGUGUUGCAAGCGGCUGACCCAUCUCAAGUUGAAUUCGAAGUGAGUCCGAACAUCACAUGGGGCAAUACCAGGAGAGGCCUUAAGCCCUGA